UAUGACGUAUUUCACGCGCGCGUUUGGCUCAGGCUGACUUCCGUUUAGUAAACAUUCCGACCUUCUGGCGGUGUUUUACUGUGUAAGUUGGGGUUUUCCGUGUGAAAUCUCUAGUUAUUAGUUUGUGAAGUGAACAUGUUUGUCUGACGUCAUCCCGUCUUCCGGGACCGAGUUCCGCUCCAGGCGUUUGAAGUUGUGGUCAUGGCCGCGCUUCUGCACCGACUGCUGACCGCUUUCUGUCAGACCCACGACAGGAAGAUUCUAGUCAAACUUACCAAAAGGACUCACUUCCGGUCUUCUCCCUCCACCUCCGUGAGGUCAGGUGAUCAGGAUGGGUGUGACGCUCAUCAGCAGACAUCCGGACAGGCGCUGCUGUCCAGGAGAAGACGGUGGCUGUCCCCGCUGGACAGGAUCAGCAGCCUGCUGCCUCCGGAUGUUCUGGGUCCAGAGGUGAUGCAGCUGCGACAGGAGCAGGAUGGAGAAGCAACCAUCCACCAGGAGCCUGACGAGGAACAUCUGGAGGAGACAAAAGCUCCAUCAUCUCAAGAGAAAGGUCAGAGGUCACCGACUCUUCCAGGGGAGAGCGUGCUGACUUUUGGGGAGCUUCUCAUGGCCGAGCACAGAAAGAAGCAAGUGCAUUUCAGGAAGAUGUUCCAGCUUCAGUCGGGGGCUCGCCUUCAGAGCAGCUGGGGCGUCAUCCCUCACAAUGAGCUGGCUGGGCGCCCUGCAGGACGCUUCCUGAAGACAAACACGGGCGUCCCCAUCUUCUUCCACAGGCCCAGCCUGGAGGACUAUGUCCUGAACAUGAAGAGGGGGCCUGUCAUCGCAUAUCCAAAGGAUGCAGCCGCCAUGCUGCUGAUGAUGGAUGUGACGGAGGGGGACUGUGUGCUGGAGUCGGGCUCCGGGUCAGGGGCCUUGGCCCUGUUCCUGUCCCGAGCAGUGGGCUCUAGGGGCAGCGUCCUGAGCGUGGAGCUCAGGGAGGAUCACCACACGAGAGCCGUGCUGAACUACGAGCGCUGGAGGACCUCCUGGGCUCUGCGACGAGGUCACGAGUGGCCCGACAACGUUGACUUCCACAUCUCUGAUCUCUGCUCCGCCUCAGCGCUCCUCGCUGGGCGGGGCUUUCACUCGGUUGCCCUGGACCUGAUCAACCCCCACCUGGUUCUAGCCACCGUGCUCCCACACCUGCUUCCUGGAGGGGUCUGUGCUGUCUACCUCGCCAAAUCAGCUGAUUUCUCACCGCCGGCCUGUUGUAGCGUCACACAGGUCAUCGACCUGCUGGAGGGUCUCCGCUGCGCCGCCCUGCCGUUGCUGUGCGAACGCAUCGUAGAGGUUCCGGUCCGGGACUGGGUGGUGGCUCCGGCGCUGCAGAAGGACCGGCAUUUCUGCACCCGGAAAGCCCCGGACCCGGAUGGGAAUCUGAGGCAGGAAGCCAAGGCUCUGGACCAAGCCGACUCAGAUGACGAUGACCUCAGCCCGGCCUUCGGGAGCGUUCCCUACAUCGCCAGACCUCAUCCUGAACAAAUGAGUCACACAGCAUUCCUGGUGAAACUGAGGAAGUGUGUGCGGUAGCUGCUGCCAGACCUGGACACAAUCUGACAACCAGAUGACCGAAAUCCCAACUGCAGUGAACUCUUCUGCACUCAUAACUCUAACCAAAAGGAUGGUAUGGAUCGCUGCAGCAGGCUGGAAUGAAGAAGCCUUCAUUUGGACGUUGGGUCAAAUGGGCACAAACACCCAGUAGAGCCCGUGUGUGUCCCGGACAGCUGAGCAUUUACUCACAGAUUCAAAAGUUGUGUAAAAGUUCAAAUAAGUUAAAUAAAUGAACUAAUAGCUGGAGAACAGGAA